AUGGUGGUCUCACAUAUGCUCACCCUCAUUGGAGUGUUCAUGUGUUUUUCCAUCUCUGUUGUUUGUUCAUCAUCUCACUAA